UUCCCCAGAGCCUCCUCGCGCGCCAGGGAGAUGCGACAGUGCCUGACUUCGGAAAGCAAGGAAGGGACAGACUCUGAAGAGAGAGAGGACAGUGCCAAAGACGAUCCAAAAGAAACCAUCACCCUGGCUUUUGUGAGAGACAACACCAGGGCGCAAAACAGACUUCCCAGUGCCCUGAGGCAAGGCAAGAACACGAGGAAGAAAAAGAGAUGAUUGGUGAUCAAUCUAUCCAGCUGCCGGUAUGAGAGCGUGCGUAGGGCUGCCCAACAGUAUGGCCUUAGAGAGGGAGGGGAAGACGAUGACUGGACUCUCUACUGGACAGACUACUCGGUGUCACUGGAGCGGGUGAUGGAAAUGAAAAGUUAUCAGAAGAUCAAUCACUUCCCCGGAAUGAGUGAAAUCUGCCGCAAGGACUUGCUGGCCAGGAAUAUGAGCCGCAUGUUAAAGAUGUUUCCGAAGGAGUUCCACUUUUUCCCUAAGACCUGGUGUCUUCCUGCCGACUGGGGAGAUUUGCAGACCUAUAGCAGGUCAAGAAAAAAUAAGACAUACAUUUGUAAGCCGGAUUCGGGCUGCCAAGGGAGAGGUAUAUUCAUCACUCGGACUGUGAAAGAAAUCAAACCAGGGGAGGAUAUGAUCUGCCAGCUCUAUAUUUCCAAGCCCUUUAUCAUUGAUGGGUUCAAGUUUGACCUACGGAUUUACGUGCUGGUGACAGCCUGUGAUCCUCUCAGGAUUUUUGUGUACAAUGAAGGACUAGCCCGGUUCGCUACAACCUCCUACUCCCACCCUUGCACAGACAAUCUGGAUGAUAUCUGCAUGCACCUGACUAAUUAUUCCAUUAAUAAGCACAGUUCAAAUUUCAGUCAAGAUUCUCACUCGGGCAGCAAGAGGAAGCUCUCCACCUUCAUCGCGUACAUGAAGAGCCACAGCUACGACGUGGAGCAGCUGUGGAGGGACAUCGAAGAUGUCAUCAUCAAGACCAUCACCUCGGCCCACCCCAUCAUCAGGCAUAACUACCACACCUGUUUUCUCAACCACACACUCAUCAGCGCCUGCUUUGAGAUCCUGGGCUUCGACAUUUUGUUGGAUUACAAACUCAAACCCUGGCUGCUUGAGGUCAACCACUCUCCAAGUUUCUCCACCGACUCCCGUUUGGAUAAAGAGGUAAAAGACAGUCUGCUGUAUGACACUUUGGUCCUGAUCAACCUGGGAAGCUGUGACAAAAAGAAAGUCUUGGAGGAGGAGAGACAACGGGGGCGGUUCCUACAGCAGUGUCCUUCUCGGGAAAUCAGGGUAGAGGAAGCCAAGGGCUUCCAGGCCAUGCAGUUAAAGAAAACGGAGAAAUACGAGAAGGAGAAUUGUGGGGGCUUCCGACUGAUUUAUCCGGGUCUGAAUUCGGAGAAGUAUGAGAAGUUUUUCCAGGAUAACAACUCCCUCUUCCAGAAUACUGCUGCUUCCAGGGCUCGGGAGGUAUAUACCCGGCGGCAGAUCCAGGAACUGAGAAAAAGGCAAGAGAAAAAGCCCUUCCGAACGAAAGAGAAGAAGAUGGAGAUGCCGGGAGAAUCGGCCAGGGAGCGAGCGCGGGGCAAGAGUGUGAGGAGCCAGCAACAGAAGCAACGGCAGAAACACAAGGCCGCCCCCAAACAAUACUUCCGGCCAUUGACAUUAGUACCCUGCACUCCUGACUUGCUCUUGAGAGUCAGAGUUGAAAAGAAAAGUGAAGCAGACAGCGGCUCCGACCCGGAGUUUCCCAAGAAGGAGGCUGGACCCAUUCCCUGCAAACCUGUGUCUGUGAGGCACUACAGCUCUGUACCCGACCUCAUCUGUUCUGUGCUGAAACUUGGUACAGCUAACUCCAGAGUCAGGGAGGCCAAGUCUGCCUACGCAGUGAACAUAUUUGCUGGCACUGUGCCAUUUAUCUCAGCAGAAACCUCCCCAGAAUCCAUCACCCAGGUCAAAACCUCCCCAGAGUCUCUGCCAACCCUGACCAUGACCACUGGAUCUGAGUGCAGUAGCCCAGAGAUGGACGGGGUAGUCCCCUUCAAAUUCAAGCAGCAGCUGAUCCCCCAACAGCUCAUCCAGGAGAAAAUAUUAAAGUUUUCUCUGCCUACAAAAUCCCAGAGCUUCUUGGGGGGUCAGAAUCCGAGCUGGACUUUGCUGAAGCGUGACGUGAAGAAGCAGCAUCUGACGUCGGAGUUAUUUACCAAGGUUCAGCUGAGGGCGAAGCUCUCCUUGUUCCCAGCUCACUCCAACUCCAUGCGGGUGCUGAGUAACCAGUCACAGAAUCCUUCCCUGCCCAGGGUGUGCUACCCCCACAGCCACAGCUCUGGUGAGAAGAGGCAACUGGACAUGCCCUCCCUCCUCCUCUUGCGGAGUCCUCAGAGCUAUGAUAUUUCUCUAAGGGAUCUACUGGUUGCCACUUCCGCCCGACUGGAUCCAAGGCCUGGCAGAAGCCGGACAGGUGCUAUGAGGGACUUAUAUACACAGGAUCAAGACACAUACAGCCAUUGCCUGAUCUCCGACCAAAAAGGAUGUGAGAGGAACUAG